AUGAUGAAUCGUCAACUCACAUGUCCUAAUAAUAAGGAAUCGUUAUACGACAAAGUAUCACAUGAGAUUGACAAUAAUAUUUUAUCUAUUAAAUUACCCAAGGAUCGACAUCGUAUUCAAGCUGUGGCUGGAAAAGCUGCCGAACCUAUCAUCGAUGUUAAUUGUUUGGAUAAAUAUGGUAAGCCAUGCAAAAAAGGUUGUCCAAAAGUUCAUGUAAUACAUAAUGAAGCAUCUAUCUUGAAGAAACCGGAGGAAGAAAUGUUAUUACUAAAAACAACAAGGCAAAUUACUCUCAGCGAUGAUAUGAAGCACACUCUUGAGGUGGAAUUUAAAUCACCACGAAAUUAUAUCCCGUUACCAGAUCCAGGUCCUUCCCCGCCCAUAAUUAUUCCGAAAGAACCUAUUAUUGUGAAGAAGCUUGAAGAUAAAAAGCAAGAAAAAAAGAAGAAAGAAAAAGUCAAAAAGAAAAAGAAGUAA